CGCGGUGGGGGCGGGGCCGGUGCAGCCGGAGUGGGCAGCGCGAUGCGGGGCUCGAGCUGCGUGGGCGGCGGUGGCGAAAGCCCAGGCGGUACGGGACUGAGUGAGGGCCCCCGCGGCCGAUGGCUGCGGCUUGCCCCUGUCUGCGCCUACUUCCUGUGUGUGUCCUUGGCCGCCGUGCUGCUCGCCGUGUACUACGGGCUCAUUUGGGUCCCCACGCGGCCGCCUGCUAGCCCCGCCGACCCCUUGCCCAGCUCGGCGGCCGCUCCGUGUGCUAGAGCAGCGCCGCCCGCCCCGCCUCCGGCCGCGUCCUGCUUGCUCGGGGCCUCGGGUGGGCCACGACCACAGCCGGGACUGCCGCGGAGCCGCCGCCACAGCCGCCGCCCAGCUCCCGGAGCGACGCCGGACACCCCGCGCCGAGCGCCUGGAUAGCCUGGCUCGCCCCAACCGUGGCCAGCGCCAGUCUGUCUGCACCCGGCCUUGCCCGCGCGGCGCCUCCUCUCCUCUGGCCGCGGUCCUGAUCCUGCCCGACCUCAUCCCACCUCGCUCCUUUUCGGGACUCAGCGCUCAUCGGCAAUAAACUCCAGCCUCAGCUGCGCUUGGCUGGUCUGUGGUCGUCUGCAGUGCGCGCUGGUCUCUUCUAACCCUGUGGCCGCGCUGCCUUAGAGGCUUUUCUCUUCCAUUGCUGGCGUGUAAUCUUUGGUUGGAAUGGGAAGAAGCGGCUUGCCAGUUUUCGGGUCUAUUGAAGGUCAGAUACUGUAAAAGCCUUAGCGGUUUUUGGGGUGUCGUGGGCUCUAGUGUUGGAGACAGUGGUGCGCUCUGGGAACUGCUGUUGGUAUGGUUUACAGUGGCAGGGACAGAGCUGUCACCCGUGCUCCAGCACGUCCUUGCCAGUGAUGCUGUAGCUUUUUUCCUGGGGACAGAGAUGAACCGCGGGUUCGGUUGAUGACGGGACACAUUUGCUGCUUUGGGAAGUGUGGAGCAUAAAGAUGAAUCAAAAAACAAAAAAAC